GACCUCCCUGCCUCCCCGCCCCCGCCCCGAGCCGCUCCGGGCGUGAGCUGCCUUCGCCGGUCCCGGGAACACCUGCUAACCGGGAGGAGCCCGGGACCCCGCGAAGAUCGGGAGCCCCGCCGGUUCUGCCAACUUCGAAGCCUCGGCUCCCCUCCUCGCCGGAGAGAGAGAGCGAGAUCGCCGGAGACUGGGAGGGAAGGGCCGGGGCGAUUUUGGCAGCAUCGGGAGAGAAGGAGAGGACCCCCCCGUUUUCCUUUCCAGCCAGCUCCGACAUCUUCUGGACGAUUUCCACCCCAGCCAGCGAGGUUGCUACCUUGGCAGCUUUCCUGGUGCCCAAGAGGGCAUCCUGGGCUGGGCACCUCCUGCUGCCAAAGGACCCAUCUCAGCCACAUCAGAACAUGACUGUCAGGUUGGAGAUAGCCACGGCCCUUUGCCUAAUGCUGGCGCUUCAAGCUCUGGCGAAGCAAGAAAGGCUUAUGAAACCUGAACUGAACAUCAAUCGUGACUAUAUUAUAGUGGAAACCGGAGAUUCCUUCAGCAUAACUUGCAGGGGCUCGCAUGGCUUGACCUGGCAAGCUGAAGAGGCACAGAUCACCCACAGCAAGCGGUGGCAUAUUCACAAGCAGAAAUGUUCAGAGAAACCAUGGCCUUCCUGCAGCACAAUUGGAGUUAACCGAGCCAUGGCCAAUGACACCGGCUAUUUCAUCUGCUUUUAUGACCACCUGCCCUUCACGGAGGAACUGACAGCCAAGUUAUAUGUCUUUGUUAAAGAUCAGUCACAGCCUUUUGUGCAACCCCACCCAAAAAUUCCGGACCUCAUCAAUGUGCACAACAAUACAGAAGCUAUCAAUGUGCCAUGCCGUGUCACUUCCCCAGAGAUCAAACCGGAGCUGCUGCUGCAUCAAUCUCCCUAUCCUCUCACCUAUGAGAGGAAGGAAUGGGACCCAAAGAAAGGAUUCACAAUCACUUCACCCUCCACUGAGUUCUUUAAUAGAGUGAUCAAAUGUGUUGCUACAGUCAACGGGGCCCAAUAUGAGACACGUUAUUUGACUUCGAAAGUGGAGAUGCGGAUUCGGAACGUGGUUCUGAAAGCAACUCCCCAAAAACUCCUGGUUGGAGAGACCCUUCGUUUGGAAUGCAAAGGGCAGGUGUACUGGAAUGGACGGUUACAAUUUCUUUGGAAAUUUCCAGGAAACAGGGAACUAAGGCCAGGAAAGACGUUUGACCAGGACUUCUAUGAAAGCUCUAGCAACGUGACUAUCACGAAUGUCACAAUGGAAGACAAAGGGCAUUACAUCUGCAAAGUGUUCAAUAUGGGCAAAGGAGGCAUAGAAGUCAAUACCACGGUCACAAUAUUCAAACAAGCUUUCAUUAAUUUUGUCAAAAAGAGGCAACAACUGUAUUAUGAGGCCCAUGCAGGACAAAAAGUACAGAAGCUGGCUUGGAAGGUGGAUGCUUUCCCUCCUCCGGAUGUGGCUUGGUACAAAGAUGGCCAACUGAUCAAAGCCAAUGACUGCUAUGACUUAGAUCCGGAGAGAUACAGGAUAAUCAUCAGGGAUGUGAGACCGAAGCAUGCUGGGAAUUUUACACUGCAUUUGAGGAGCCCGAAGCAUGGUCUCUAUAAAAAUCUCACCCUCCAAUUUGUUGUCCUCGAGAAACCUCACAUUUAUGAAAAGGAGAUUGAUUUUUCCAAUACUGAGCUGGUCACUAAAGGAAGAGAACACAGCCUUCAAUGCACAGCAAGUGGAUGGCCUCUUCCCUCCAUACACUGGGAAUGGGAGCCCUGCAACCAUGCAGACAACCAGUGCAACCAACGUGGAGAGAAAAUCAGAGUCCAGAAAACUGCCAGGCACGACACUCCCUAUUUAACCAACAGGAUCAAGGACAUCAGAAAUAUGCAGCUUGUUCAUGGCAAUAUGUUAAAGGUUUUAAGCACUCUGACCAUGACAUCAAGCAACAUCUCCGGAAUCUAUUACUGUGUGGCUUCCAACAAGUUGGGCAUCGAGAAGAGAAGCAUCAGGUUCUAUAUCACAGACAUGCAAUCCAGCCUAGAGGCCAACUCCCAAAUGACAGCUAUUGUGACCAGUCACGUCCAGAUGACCUGCAAGUGCUCGAAGUACCUUUACGAUCACCUCACCUGGUAUGACCCCACCUUGCAGGAAGUCCCCACCUCUCUCACCCAGGAGAAGGUGGACAACUAUACCAUCUCCUUAGUGCUGAACAUCCAUAAUGUCUCCCAGGCUCAUGCAGGGCUUUACAAGUGCCGAGCCUCAAGCUACCACAACCGCACUAAGCAGCUGGAGAAAAGCACCAUGCUCAGCAUAAAAUUUAAGACGGUGCCUUACAUUAUGGAGAACUUUACCGACUUGGAGGUUAAUGUGAGUGGGACCAUAGUUCUGGAGUGCAAAGUCAAUGGCAUCCCCAAACCUGCUAUUGCUUGGCUGAAAAAUGGCCACCGCAUCGCCCCUGCUUCAGGAAUUUCCAUGGAAAACAACACUUUGGUGAUUGAACGAGUGAAGAAGGAUGAUGAGGGUCAUUAUGAAUGCCAAGCGAUCAACGAGAUGGGCCAAGACAGCACUCGAGCAUUUAUUAAAAUAGAAGGCUCCGAAGAAAAAUCCAACAUAGAAGUUAUCAUCUUGGUUUGCACUGGUUUAGCAGCCACUCUCUUUUGGCUCCUUCUGACCCUCUUCAUACGAAAACUCAGAAAACCGGAUGCCACCGAUAUUAAAACUGGAUAUUUGUCCAUCAUAAUGGACCCAGAGGAGAUGCCCCUGGAUGAGCAGUGCGAACGUCUACCUUACGACAGCAACAAAUGGGAGUUCCCAAGGGAUCGGCUGAGGCUGGGUAAAACUCUGGGUCAUGGUGCUUUUGGCAAAGUGGUGGAAGCAUCUGCUUUUGGCAUAGAUAAAUCGUCAACCUGCAAAACAGUGGCUGUUAAAAUGCUUAAAGCAGAGUGUGCAACGACCAAUGAGUGCAAGGCCCUGAUGUCGGAACUGAAGAUCCUGAUCCACAUUGGACAUCAUCUAAAUGUGGUCAACCUACUGGGGGCUUGUACCAAGCCUGGAGGUCCUCUGAUGGUCAUUGUAGAAUAUUGCAAGUAUGGAAACCUCUCUAAUUACCUGCGGGGAAAGCGAGGUGAUUUCAUUGUAUGCAAGCCACCAGAAAAUCCAGACUGCUCAGAGAAAGGAUUGAAAGACUCUAUCAGUGACUUAACAGAGCUAAUUAAGAGGCGCCUGGAAAGUGUGGCCAGCACAGGUAGCUCUGCCAGCUCUGGAUUCAUUGAAGACAAGAGUUACACAGAUUCCGAUUCAGAAGAAGAAGAUGCGGAAGAUCUUUAUAAGCGACCUCUGACUUUGGAGGACUUGAUUUGCUACAGCUUCCAGGUAGCUAAAGGAAUGGAAUUCCUGGCUUCAAGAAAAUGCAUUCAUAGAGAUUUGGCAGCCAGGAACAUUCUUCUUUCUCAAAACAACGUGGUGAAGAUUUGUGAUUUUGGAUUGGCCAGAGAUAUAUACAAAGAUCCUGAUUAUGUGCGGAAAGGAGAUGCCAGGCUGCCCCUGAAAUGGAUGGCUCCAGAAGCAAUUUUUGACAAAAUCUACACAACUCAGAGUGAUGUCUGGUCCUUCGGCGUGCUGCUUUGGGAAAUAUUUUCCCUAGGGGCUUCUCCAUAUCCAGGGGUCCAUAUUGAUGAGGACUUUUGUCGACGUCUCAAAGAAGGAACACGGAUGAGAUCUCCAGAGUAUUCCACUCCAGAAAUCUACCAGACCAUGCUGGAUUGCUGGCACAGUAUCCCAACAGAGAGACCCACUUUUACCAACCUUGUGGAACGUUUAGGGGAUCUGCUCCAGGCAAAUGUACAGCAGGAUGGGAAAGACUAUAUCCCACUGAACAUUACUUUGUGUCCUGAUGGGGAGUCCAACCCCAAGAUCUGCAUCUUGGAAGAGAAUGUGAGCAACUUCAUUCACCGCUGGAGUGCUAUAGAAGCCAGCAUUAACUCCAAGAACCGGCCACUCAGUGUGAAAACCUUUGAUGAAGUGCCCGUAGAGAAGGAGAAGAUGAUACAUGAGGACGGUGAAUCAGACAGUGGGAUGGUGUUGACCCUGGAUGAAAUCAAGAGCCGGAAGAGGCUGGAGAUCCGAUCUUGGCCUUAUGGAAUCAUGGCUCUUGCGAGGAAAGCAAUCAACAAAAGCAAGGAAUCCGUGUUCAACGAGCACGAGCGAGAAUCCGUGAAGUACCGUCCAACCGUUCCGGUGGAGGAUGACCUGAUGGAAGACUCCAUUCUUCUGCCAAUGGAUGCCAGCCUGGAAUGCCACAGCCCACCUCCUGAUUAUAACUCUGUGAUCCAGUACUCAGCUCCUCCAGUGUAGCCAACCAGCCCUGGGGGGACCGGCAGGUUUUGCAUCUCUGACCAUGCAGUGUUCUAAGCCAGCUUACUGGUUUUCUUCUUGCUUAACAGAAAUCCUGUCCUAAGUAGAGAAGCCAGACCGUGGCUUAUUCGCCCUUGAAGUCAAAUGUACAUGAGCCCCAGUGUGCAAGUGCAAGUGGGAAUUCUUUUAAGAGCAAUUCUCUGAAGGCUGUGUCUUUCAAGCUCUCUGGCUUUUAUUUCCUAACCUUCCCCAUGAAAUUAUGUUUUGAAUGCUGUGGUUGUUGCAGUCUAUCUUUUAUUCGGUGGGGUUUGCUCUCUAACACUCUGAACUGCACACCAAUUUUCCAGUUUUGUCCCUUUUAAAAGUUGCUAGGGAAAUUCCAUUCUUAAUACCGAGGUUGUUAUCCAGGGAUAAUGAUCCUCAAUAUUUUGUGCAUAGAGAUCAAAACCUAGCCUGAAACUCAAAUUUAUUGUAGAACCUAAAAGCAAUCUGCCAGAACACACCUACAGAGACACCCCGUCAAACUGCGUGUUGUAUUUAGCCACAACCAACUUGCAGAACAAGGCUGAGAAAAAUUCUCUGUAGAUAAUUUUGCUUGUUGUACAACAGUGUAAACAACUAAAUGCAAUAAUAAUGAAAAAAAUACAGCACAGGAGAGAAAAAAGCCUCAGGUGUUUUAAUGGGCCAGGAAAGUCAGACCCGUGAAACUGUGAAUAUAGAAGCUUCUUAAAAGAGGUGUAAGACUUGCUUGUUCUGUAGACCUUAAAGCUGCUAUGCUUAAGCUAGAAAUGUUUUCUGCUUAAUGGAUUGCAAGACAAACCCUUCGGAAGUGCAGCGAGCAUCAGUUAAGCAUGCCUGUUUCCCUCUCUCUGUUGUAAGAAGCAAUAGAGGGGGGAAAAGGCUUGUUUUGAAAAGCACUUAAUUUGCCGAUAAUUUAGUCACAGGAUCAGUGGGAAAAGGACAGUACAACCUACAUCUCACAUCUUCUGAGAUGUUCCAAGUUCACCUGGGUGAAAAUUAAUUUGGAUCCUAUGCAGAGCUGUUGGGGACAGAAUGAUAUUCAAGAAAAUCAAGGUGAUCCAUCUUUGCUCAGGUAGACAUGAUCACCUUCUGGAGCUUUUUUUAAAUCACUCUCCAACUCCUCCCAGACCCUUGAUUCUGUGCCUUAUUCUCUGGCACAGGAACUGAAGUAAGCGCGGGAAAGUUUUGCUUGUAUAUGCUAAGUCUUUGAGUAAGUUACUAGGACCAAAGAAAGUGUGGCUGGAGUGUGCCUUAAAAACGUUGACUGUAGAAGCAAUAGUCAUAUAACCAAAAAGACAGGGAAAUACUGCUGCCAGCCAAAUAUGUCAAGUGCCUUUUUAAAAACAAACAUAGCUUUAAAAUUAAAAAGAUCUAAAAUGGUGUUUCUCAACCUGAACCACUUUAAGAUGUGUAAACUUCAUGUCCCAGAAUUCCCCAGUCAAUGUAGCUUUGAAAAGCUUCUUUUGGUGAUUUUGGAAAAUCAGACCUUUUAAAGAAACAGAAGGACACCAAAUGGUUGUGAAGCUGCUGCUUCAUUUGUCAUAUCCUAAAAAAAA